AUGAACAAAUUCAACCAUUUUCAUCUUCUUUUCAUCUUGUUCGUUUACUUCUUUGUAGCCACCAAUUCAUUGUCUAGUCCAUGGUUCAGUCCAUCUUCUAAGUCCAAAACAACCAUGCAUACCGCUCCAAAGUUCACUUUAAAAGAAGAUUUCAAAACAUUUUUCUUCAAACAAACUCUCGAUCAUUUCAACUAUCUACCAAAAAGUUAUACAAAAUUUAAACAAAGAUAUUACGUCAAUUUCAAGUAUUGGGGCGGUGCUAAUUCUAGCGCCCCAAUACUUGCCUUUUUGGGUGAUGAAGCUGAAAUGGGAAUGCCAGAUGAAGAUUUCAUGACGGAUAAUGCCGCAUCCUUUAAGGCUCUACUUGUGUACAUAGAGCACCGGUACUACGGGAAAUCUGUUCCCUUUGGGUCAAAGGAAAAGGCGUACAAGAAUGCAAAUAGGCUGGGCUACUUAAACUCAGAACAAGCCCUGGCAGAUUAUGCCGCCGUGCUGAUAGAUUUAAAAAAUUCAUUACAUGCUCAAGAGUCACCUGUGAUUGUGAUGGGAGGAUCAUACGGCGGAAUGCUUGCUGCAUGGUUUCGGCUCAAAUAUCCGCAUGUGGCCGUUGGGGCACUGGCAUCAUCGGCUCCACUCCUAUACUUCGAUAAUAUCACACCUCAAAAUGGCUAUUAUGACAUUGUUACAAGGGAUUUUAAAGAAGCUAGUGAGACAUGUUAUACAUUUAUUCGAAACUCUUGGUCUGAAAUCGACAAAGUUGCGUCUCAGAGAAAUGGUCUUUCCAGUCUAAGCCAGAGAUUUAACACUUGCUAUCCUUUGGAACAGCCUGACGAGUUAAAAGAGUCUCUAAGGAUCAUAUAUACCUACUCAGCCCAAUUUAAUUAUACCCUAGUUACAGAUAUCUGUAAGGGCAUUGAUGGAGCUGCUUUUGGAAGCGAUAUCCUCAGUAGGAUACAUGGAGGUGUUGUUGCUUAUCAAGGAAACAAAGAAUGUACUAUUAAUACAUAUAAGUAUACCCUUGGAGACACAUUUAGUGUUUAUGACUGGCAGAGAUGCACCGAAAUAGUGAUGCCCAUCGGCAUAACAGGGAAUUCUACCAUGUUUCAACCUAUGCCUUUCAGCUUCAAAAACUAUGCUAAAAAGUGCAAGAAAGAUUUUGGAGUCUCACCUCUACCUCAUUGGAUCACUACUUACUAUGGAGGCCAUAAUAUGAAGUUGGUUCUUCGAAGAACUGGUAGCAAUAUCAUUUUUUCAAAUGGACUAAGAGACCCUUAUAGUAGUGGAGGAGUUCUAAAAAACAUAUCAGAUAGUCUCAUUGCGCUUUCUACCGUCCAUGGAACUCAUUGUAUGGAUCUUAUGGCUGCAAGUGAAAGUGAUCCACAUUGGUUGACUGAGCAAAGGAAGAAAGAGGUGGAGAUUAUGCAUGGAUGGAUUAAACAAUACUAUGCUGAUAUUGAUGCACUAGAAUAA